CCGAGGCCGCGCUAGGGCGCUCGUAGCUUGCCCGGGGCCGCUGUCAUGGCGUCGGAGGCGCUGGCUGAGGAGAGCCGGCUGCGGUCUCUGUAGAGCGCGGGGAGGGUGGCCGGGUAUGGAGAGCGGCCCUGACAGCCUGCAGCCGCUAGAACACGGGGUGGCGGCCGGGUCAGCGCCGGGGGCAGGUUCUCCUUUGGAAAGGCGACCGGAGCCGGGACUCGCCGCCGGGGAUGGUCCUGGAGUCGGGGCGGCGGAGAGCGGCGGCGGGAACGGGCAAGGGGCGGCGGCGGCGGCGGCGGCGGCGGCGGGCCCGAGCCUCCCGGACUCAGUUUCCCCCACGGGCUCUCCUCAGGCUCCCGGACCGUGCAGCUCCUCGGACUUAAAACAGAGCGCCUCGGAGAGUCCGGUGGCCGCGGAGGCGCCUGUGGGAGGGCGGCACAAGGUGACCGGCUCCCCGGAGCCCGCCGAGGCCGGAGCGGGCCGCGGGUCGGGACCGGCCGGCGACCCCGGAGCCCGGGGUCCCGCGCCCGCCGGCUCCGGGGAGCCCAGCAGCGCCGGCGGCCUGAGCAGCAGUGGCAGCGAGCCCAGCCCUCCUGGGGAAUCGCCGAGCCUGGACUCCCUGGAGUCGUUCUCCAACCUCCAUUCUUUCCCCAGUAGCUCCGAGUUCAAUAGUGAAGAGGGAGCCGAACCCAGGGUCCCCGAGGAGAACGAAGAGGGAGAGGGCGCGGCCGGGGUGGCCCGCGCCGCCCCUCUGUGCCGAGAGGAGGACGGCGAGGACAGCGCUCAGGUGUUGGCGGCCUCCAAGGAACGCUUUCCCGGACAAUCUGUGUAUCACAUCAAGUGGAUCCAGUGGAAGGAAGAGAACACGCCCAUCAUCACCCAGAACGAGAACGGACCCUGCCCUUUGCUGGCCAUCCUCAAUGUGUUGCUGCUGGCCUGGAAGGUGAAACUUCCACCAAUGAUGGAAAUCAUAACUGCUGAGCAGCUGAUGGAAUAUUUAGGAGAUUACAUGCUGGAAUCAAAGCCAAAAGAAAUUUCAGAAAUUCAACGUUUAAAUUAUGAACAGAAUAUGAGUGAUGCUAUGGCAAUUUUACAUAAACUCCAGACGGGCCUGGAUGUAAAUGUCAGAUUCACUGGUGUUGGAGUAUUUGAAUAUACCCCAGAGUGUAUAGUGUUUGAUCUUCUUGAUAUCCCUCUGUACCAUGGCUGGUUAGUGGAUCCUCAGAUUGAUGACAUUGUAAAAGCUGUUGGUAACUGCAGCUACAACCAGCUAGUGGAGAAGAUCAUCUCUUGUAAGCAGUCAGACAACAGUGAGCUGGUUAGUGAAGGUUUUGUUGCUGAGCAGUUUCUAAAUAACACAGCUACUCAGCUGACGUACCAUGGAUUGUGUGAGCUCACGUCAACAGUUCAGGAGGGAGAACUGUGUGUGUUCUUUCGGAAUAAUCAUUUUAGCACCAUGACCAAAUACAAGGGUCAGCUGUAUUUGUUGGUAACAGACCAGGGGUUUCUUACUGAAGAAAAAGUGGUUUGGGAAAGUCUGCACAAUGUAGAUGGUGAUGGCAACUUCUGUGACUCAGAAUUUCAUCUUCGGCCUCCCUCAGAUCCUGAAACUGUGUACAAAGGACAGCAAGAUCAGAUAGAUCAGGACUAUCUCAUGGCGUUGUCUCUACAACAAGAGCAGCAGAGCCAAGAGAUCACGUGGGAGGAGAUCCCGGAAGGCGUCAGUGACCUGGAACUAGCCAAGAAGCUCCAGGAGGAGGAGGAUCGCCGUGCUUCACAGUACUACCAGGAGCAGGAGCAGGCAGCAGCCGCGGCCACACAGGCCCAGCAGGGCCAGCCAGCACAAGCCUCUCCGUCCAGUGCACGACAAUCUGGAACUAGUGAACGGAAGCGAAAGGAACCUCGGGAAAAAGAAAAAGAAAAAGAGAAAAAUAGCUGCGUCAUUUUGUAAGGUUGUAGCGCUGGAUUCUGUUGGAAGCACCUCUAUGUCUUGAGAAAGGAACCUGCAGGAGGAAAGGAAGAAACGAUCCAUACCGUCUGUGCCUGACUUCCCAAGGGAUUUUGUUCCUGCUUUUCAGGGGAAAGGUUGUUACUUUGUUACAAUCAAACUUUUUCAAGUCACACAAUACACUCUUUAUGAGCUCCAGUUUCUUGUUACAAGUUGGAAACCGCUGUGUGUUGUCAUUCAUGAAAAAUACUGCACUUGUAGCCAAAUAAGCAAAUCACAGCAACUUCUGUGUCAUUGUGACAUUCAUAACUCAUAUCAGUUAGUAAGCUAUUUUGUCUUCUGUUCUAACAGUGAAUGGAGGUAAUUCACUUAGUCUGAUUCCUUCCUGAAAUCUAAAUAUUGGCACAAUAAUUUCUGAAAUUUUUACAAUGUUAAAUUAUGAUCUAAUCAAGGAGAAACCAGGGGUUUAAUACAGGGAGAGGGGAAGGGUAACAGGAAUAAUUAAUCAUUUGAUUGUACGUUGGACUAGUUCAGCCCUUGAACAGCUUUACCUUUCUUUAGUAGUAUACAUUUUAAGAUCUCAUCUUGAGAACUGAUAACGGAGCUUGGAUUCAAUUUAGAUAGAAAAAAAUUAAAGAUUUGUAUUUCUUUUCUGAUAGCAAAAAAUAAUGUAAUACUAAUACUUAUAACCUGUCCAAGUCAGAUAUGAAUGACUUUGUAGUGUUGUAAAUUUUUGAGGAAUUUUGAAAUCUUUAAUUAGGUAAGCUGGUCCAUCGUUGUAUUUAUUCACACUGGACGGCCUGCAAAGACAAGGUAGGAAAGCAGAGAGUUCAUUGUCUACCUUUUUCUAGAAUUACCUUGAUCCUUAAAUUUUAAUCAUGUUUAUUACUAUAAAAUGACAGAUACUUAUUCAAACAAAAAGCACAUUUCUAAAUGGAAAUGAGAGAUAAUCUGAUUAUAAUAAAAGACUAUUAAUAAGAAUCGGGGAGUAGAUAUGCAUUUGGAGGCAAUUAUAUAAAAGCAAUCGUAUUUUUAACUUAUGAGAACCAAAUAAACCUAAAACAUCUUACUAGUGUUUAUAGCAGUAAGAAAGAAUAUUUAUUUAACUUUAUUAUGAGGCAAAACAUAUUUUUCCUGUAUUUCUAGAUAUAGUUUGGAAAACUAUACUUAAUAUAGUCCCUUUUAUAUGCUUUGUAUUUAAAGUUUGUUUUGUUUGUUCAUUUAAAAAAAAAAGACUGUUGUUGCUGCCAGUAACUGUGAUUUACAUUCAAUGCCUCAGUAAGUUGGUUUAUUUAAGUAUGUCCUAAUCUGAGCAACCAGUUGAAGAAUAUUUCUUGUAGUCUUGGGAUAACAAGGACUAAACAAAAUGUGGUCUAGAUCUUUUUGAGCUGUGAUUAACUUUCUCUAUAACCCAAACCACUUAUAGGAUGAACAUAAUGUAAAAAGUAAAGUCUUAUUUAUGGAAAGGAUAUUCUAAGGGAAAAAAAUGCAGGGCCAAGCUGUAUCUUUUGUAUCUUUCUAUAUCACAUGUCUGUGGGUGUUCUAUAAGUUGGUAUUUCUUCAAAUUUCUUAUGCAUCAUGAUAAAUCACCAGAGUACCUGUAUGGGCAUAAAACUUGGAGAGAAAGUAUUUUUGUGAGUCUCUUAAUUACAACCCAAAAUAGAGUCCAUUGAUAAUUGGAACUGUCCAUUGACAUCAACCCAAGUUUAUUCUUGACACUGAUUGAAGACAAAAACAUUUAUCUUUCCCGGAACAGAUACUAGUGACAGUGAAUUCUAUUUUAAUUUUAAAAACCAACAAUGAACCUUGGAUAAUAAAAGGCAUAUCUGAGGCAUAUUUUGCAUAAUGACAUGCUUCUCUGUAGAAGUUGCUGUUCCAUUAUUUGCUAUCUUACAUUGUUACAGAGAUUAUCCUGCCAUUCUUCAUUCCUUCUAGAAAAAAAACACAAAAACAAACACUCAAAAACAGCAGUGCUGCUACCAGAUAAAUAGAUGUCUGUCAAUACUUAGAAGAAAACUCAAAGAAACAUGCCAUGUUUGUUAAUUCAGUCUUUUUCUAUGUUCAAUUUCCAAGUCAGACUUCAUUACAUUCCUAGAAUUCAAGAGUAAUAAAAGAUUUGAUUAUGAUGGAGGGAAAUUAAAUUCUAUUAAAACAAUAGCUCACAUACUACCAUCUUCUCCUGGAAGAUUACAAAGGAUUUAGAGCUGAUACGUUUUAUUUUCUUAUAUUUUGCUCCAGACCACAACUUAGAUAUUCAGGCAUUUCAUUGCUGACUUGGGUACAUAGGAAUUUGAUAUGGAUAUUUUUUUAAGUUUUUAUUUUAUAAUACUUGAAGUUGUUACGGAUAUGCUGCCAGCAGAAGUGAGAAUUGAAACAUUUUGCUUUUUACAUGUGUAGACUAGAUGACAGGCUUGUAUGGUUACUGUGCUUUGUCUUGCUAUCAAAGUGUAUUCCCUAAGCAUUAGUAACCAAUUUUUGUUAAAAAUAGCAAACGUGUCUUCAUGUCUAAUCCAAUUAUAGUGACACAGCUGUGAUUUUGUGGCUUUUCCAGUACUUGAAAGCAUUUCAGUUGUGCAUGUUUCUCAAGCAAGUUUCUAUGCCUUGUAUUAACUGCAAGUCACACUGCGAGGCUGGGGAUGUCAUUGACGUGCUGGGGUCAAUCCCCAGCCCCAUUAAAUCAAAUAGAAAGGAAGAAACUGUGUCAUGCAUGUACUCACACACAGUGGUCCAGUGGGCAGAGCUGAACCAACUGUGUUAGCUGUACAAUGGCUGUGUGUCGGCUGUACAUGGCUGUACACCUGCACCUGUAUCUGUACCAUGAUCUUAGGGAAAGACACUGCUUUCAUGUUUAACAUCACAUGUUAUUUCACUGAGGCGGAGUGUAUAAGUGUAGGUUUUAGAAUAUAUCCUGUUUUCAUAUCUCAUAAUUCUUGCAUUCAACUACUUAUCCAGUAUUAGAUUGUGAGCUCUUCCUUAUGCGUCUUGUUAGUGGCCUGGCUAAGCAAGUUAGUAUCAGAGAUUUAGUCAACUGAAGCCAUUAGCCAUUUUGCACUCACACCAAACCAUUGAGCAUCCUGUUUGCAGUGAAUCAUAAACUCAACUACUACGGAAUAGAUUUUGAGAAAACAAAUGUGUGAGGAAAGUAUAUUUGUGGUCUCUGUCCUCAUGUUGGCUUAUGAAGCAGAUGUCUGUAAAAGCCUGGGUUGGGGCGGAAGGCAAGAAUCUCCAUGACCACCAACUCAUCACUUAUUUGAAUCUUCUUAAGAAAAAAAUGCAAAUAGCAAAUUGCCUACAAUCUGCUUACCUUUCUGACUCAUUGUACUGGUUAUUUUAAGCUAGUAUGAACUAUUUGUUUUCCCUACUACAGUUUUAGUUAUACAACUUACCCUGUCUCAAAAUGGAACCACCUUUUUGUUCUGUCUUGCCACGGGCAGACAUUCAUUCUGUGCCUGGAUGAGCUGUCUUCCUUCUCCCCUCCCAGUGCAGACUUUUUUGGGCCAAUGACUGAGAUCAGUUUUGCUUUGUUUUGUUUUUCCCAAAUGCUGUGAAGAGUUGUAGAGUUAUCUUUGAAUAUGGCAUCAUGUCAUCCAAUAAUUUGAAUUUGCUUUUGUGUUUGUUAGGCUAUGUCACAAUCAGGAGUGUCUGGGGAAUCUUAAAAGUACUUAAAACUUAACUUUUCCAUAUCAUUUCCAUAUCUGAAGGCCAAUGUCUGAAUUGUCUUUUCCCCCAGUGCUGUCAGGUUAUUAAAGGGCAAAACCCAGCUUUGCCUCGGUGUGACUGACUUAGGUCUCUCAGAUAUCAUCAUUUAGGGGCUGUCUAAAUGAUUCAUAAGGUUUUGUUGUUGGUAUUUUUUUAAGUGCAAAAUCUUACUUUGAUCCUGUGCAAUUUAAAUUCCUUUUCAACACUGACUUGAAGUUAUAAAGGAACCCAUUAGAACUUCAGAGUUCUUCACUUCCCUGCUAUUUUUUUUUUUUUUGGUCUUUUCUUACUGAGGAAUUGGGAGUUUCUUAGGUGAUGCUUUAAAAAAUAGAUUUGAAAAUUAAAGGCUUCCAAACAAAAUCAAUUGCAAAAUAGAGGCGUGUGAGGGCAGAUCGCAGGAUGCUGAUAAGUUUAUUUUGAAGACCCAUCUAAAUUUUAAUUCAUGCAUGUCUGAUUUAAUAGUGGCGAUUUAAUCGUGGCAUUUUUCCUGUUAAAAAGUACUAAGUUGAUUUUUUUACACAUAUAUUUUUACAGGAAUGAUUCUAAUUACUCCCGUCUGAUCUCAAGAAAAUCUCAACAAACAGGGUAAAAACUUUACUUACUGCCUCAAUUUCAACUUUGUUCUAUUUUCCUGAGAAAGGAAAACAUUUGUACUUGUCUGAGGGUUAUUUUUUAGGGUGACAUCCUAGAUAAUGUGUUAACACAAAAUGGCAGAAACACAAAACUGAGGUUUCAAACCAUGGUGGACUUAACAGAGACCAAAUAUUAUUCUGUAAUGUGUACUUUAUCUGAUAUUAAUUGUAAAUAUUUCUUCAAAACCUUUGUCACUGGCAAUUUAGGAAAACUUUAUAUCCGUCUGCACUGUAAUAUCUUGCUGGCCGUAAGAGGCAAGGAUGCACAAAUAGAAAUUGCAAGGUGAUCCUGGCUCCUUCGGUUCUAGCAGUUAUUUUAUAGUUUCAAGUAUAGUCACAAAAUGAAACUGCCCACAACUCAGUGGCCUGUCUAAAAGGAUAGUAUUCAUGGAAAUACUCUACCCAAAGCAGUUACAACAAAUACAAUUUGUGAUGGGUAUUGAACUUUUAAAAAUUACGUCUCAAAUUUUUUCAGAACUUUUGUGAUGGUUUCCAUGUAUUAUGUGAAAUAAUUUACAUACACUCCCCACCCCCACCCCCAGGUACUUAGUAUAUUUUAACUUUACAGACUUAUGGCUUUUGUUAAAAGGCAGUUUUCCUCAAUGAAAUGACAACUCUUGUCACAGCUCCACUCACAAAGCAGGAAUAAUAUGGCAUUUCUUAGUGUUACUGCACAUGAAUCCCUUGAACUGAGGAGAAUUAGUGGGUUGGAACAUCUUUUGGGGAAGAGCACAUGAAAUGGAGUAAUGACUUCUGAGAAGUUGUACUCUUGAUUCAUUGGUUUAAGAAUUUGUUGUGACAUACAGAUCUGUGUAUCAGGCCCAGGUGGCUGAUUGAAAAUAGAUGGGCGCUUCUAACUUUUGCUCUUCCUUUCUCUGGCUAUAUUAAGUACCUUUUCUGCUUUUGAAAUAAUUCAUGUUUUGCUUUAUGACCAGCUUUAAUUACAGUUAAAAAAAAAAAAAAGGUAAGAGCAACCCUAAAGAUUAACAGGAGAAAGCAUUGGAAUACAUGGUUUGAAUAAAGACACCUAAAUACGUCUAACCCAGCUUAGGGUUGAACUGAUUUCUAUGAAAUAAAUGUUUUGAAUACUAAUUAUGCUAAACCUACUUUAAAAAUUAUGUCUUAAACAAGUUUCCAAAGUUUCACUUUUGGAAGAUAUUCCUAAAAAGACAUAUUGAAUAGGUGGGAAAGUAUAAUAUUACUUCUGAUGAAAUUAUUCAGUAUUAAGCAAAACUUAAUGUCUGUUGUUGUACCACAAAUAUAGUGUCCUUGUUGGGUUAAAAUGUUUUGUUUAAUAUACUUAAAACUGUAACCAGUGAAUAACACCUGUAGUAUUUUUUAUUAUAGAUUAUAUUUUAUUUCAAUAAACUUUGAUAUUUAGACUAGUC